AUGGCGAAGAACGUGGAGAAUACCAACUACAGGAAGCUAGAUGUGGACGCUUAUGAUCCAGAAAAAUUUGAGGAUAAUGAAGAGAUGGAAAGUGCUAGUGAGGGACCUGAUGAAAAGCAAGUAAACCAGUAUAUUCAAAGUGCAAGACUUCAAGACGCCUUGAAAGCUGCACUAGUCAAUCCACCUCUGAAGACUAAAAACCAGAUGGUAAAGGAUCGUGCGACAGCUCUUGUAACGAAAGUGUUAACUAGUUUCAAGAACGCCGAUAUGGAACCUGCCAUUAAAACUUUAUCGGACGACGAGGUAGACCUCCUUAUGAAAUAUGUUUAUAAAGCAAUGGAUACCCAGGCAGAAAGCAGCAAUUGUCAGUAUUUACUUUCUUGGCAUGCACAGCUAAUGGCGCGCGGCGGGCAUGGUUGCAUUAUCAGAACGAUUUCUGACAGACACCGGCUGUGA